AGAGCACGCAACAAGGGCUUCCCCACAACACCAUCCUCUCUCAACAAGAGAAACGAGCCCAUCCCUGUUCCUCUACCACCGAACACGCACCUUCGCUAACUUGCGCCUUCUGCUUAUCCUACGCACCCACCCCUUCUCCUCCUCGAUAACCGUUCUGCCACCGCAAUCUGCAAGAUUCAGAGCGCACUGCCCCCCAUUGGAAGAGGUUCUGGUGUCGGGGGCGCACAGGGUUAGGGUUUCUGAGAGAUGUGGUAUGCUUCAGGCGUUGAUGAAUCUCUUCUCUCCGUGUUGGAAGCCGUUCAAGAACGGUGAUGACUCUUCUGCCGGAGCCGGAGGAGGAGGAGGAGGAGGAGGCAUUGUCGGAGGAGGAGGAGGAAAAGGUGAAGGCAAGGACGGCUUGCUCUGGUUCCGUGACAUCGGAAAGUACGGCUCCGGUGAAUUCUCCAUGGCCGUUGUUCAGGCCAACCAGGUUCUUGAAGACCAGAGCCAGAUCGAGUCUGGUCCCCUCGGCACCUUCGUCGGGGUUUACGACGGCCACGGCGGCCCCCUCGCCGCCCGAUUCGUCUGCGAUCACUUGUUCCGCGAUUUCCAAGCAAUAUCGGGUGAGUCACAGGGUGUUGUGACGGCUGAGACCAUUCGAGCAGCGUUCCUUCGAACAGAAGAGGGGUUCACGGCACAUGUAACGGAAUUAUGGAAUACUCAACCUCAAAUUGCGACUAAUGGGACGUGUUGUCUGGUUGGAGUGAUUUUUCAGCAGACCCUCUUCGUGGCAAAUCUUGGAGAUUCUCGUUGUGUGCUGGGAAAGAAAGUUGGUAACACUGGUGGGGUUGCUGCAAUUCAGCUGUCUACGGAGCACAACGCGAAUCUUGAGGAUAUUAGACAGGAGCUUAAAGAAUUGCACCCUGACGAUCCCCAAAUUGUCGUCCUCAAACAUGGAGUGUGGAGAGUGAAAGGCAUUAUUCAGGUUUCUAGAUCUAUAGGUGACUCGUAUAUGAAACAUGCGCAGUUUAAUCGGGAACCUAUUAAUCCAAAAUUCAGACUUCCUGAACCAAUGAACAUGCCUAUCAUGUCUGCUAAUCCAACUAUUCUUUCUCAUCCUCUCCAACCAAGUGAUUCCUUCCUUAUAUUUGCAUCAGAUGGUUUAUGGGAGCACCUGAGUAAUGAGCAAGCAGUUGAUAUUGUUCACAGCAAUCCACGUGCGGGUAGUGCAAAGAGACUUGUGAAGGCUGCGCUGCAGGAAGCAGCAAGGAAACGUGAAAUGAGAUAUUCGGACCUUCGAAAGAUAGACAAGAAGGUCCGGCGGCAUUUUCAUGACGAUAUAACUGUUAUUGUUUUAUUCUUAAAUCACGACCUUAUAUCUAGAGGUUCAGUUCUAAACCCGCCACUCUCACUUCGAAGUGCUCUUGAUCACUGACUUCUUGUAUCAUUGUUGCAAACUUAUACGGGUGGGUGUUCUGGGCAACAACUGUGUGCGUACCAAUACCAGAAGAGAUAACCACUGGCAUGUUGCGAGAAUAUACCAUGUUCAUAGUGCUGAUAGUGGCACUGAGACAACUUAUUGUUGACGCUUGGACUUAUAACACGUUAGAAAUUUAUCCAUGGAAAUGACAAGAAAAAAGGAAUCGGAAAUAACUUUUGAUUUUGCAA